UCUUGUUGACCUAUUGCAGUAUUCCCUUUACUGACGAACGUAUCUUGAGUCUUUCUUCAUACCAUGCAAAGAUUGCAAGUUGUUCAGGUUUAAAAUAUGCCAUUGUCUGCCCUAGUGCUUUUUGCUCUGACAGUGAGGGUUGUGGAUGGAUUUAUUUUUUUUGAUAUCAAAUUUACGUGCGACUGUCAAAACGGCGGAACAUGUGCUGUUUUUCAACACUGUAUCUGCCCUGAAGGCUUUGACGGAUGGCUCUGUGAGCACAAGAAAAGUCAGGCUAUUGAAGCAACAUGCGAUUCCAUACCAUGCCAAAACUUUGGACAAUGUACGCAGACCCAUGAUUGGCGACACGUUGAAUGCCAUUGCCGGUUCGGGUUCAAAGGGAACACUUGUCAGACCCACGUCUGCGAGAGUGACCAUCCAUGUAGGCGUGGCUCGUGUGAAAGGGACGGAACUCCGCCAAAAUAUUUCCACUGCGCAUGCCCAGACUCGUAUACUGGAGAGCACUGCGAAACCUUAAUCCCAACGACAACAACAACAGAAACUCCAAUACCAACAACAACACUUCCAACAUCAACACCGCAAACAACAACAAACCCUCUGCCAACAUUAACAAUAGCACAAACAACAGCCGUUCCGGAAACCACCACUAUUGCCAACUCAACUCUAUCAUCGACGAUAUCUUUGACAUCACCAACAUCAACAGAAGGCGCAGAAAUGUCAACAACAACAACGCUGACAACAGCAACAGGCGCUCCAACAACACCCGUUUCAGAAUACACAACAACGACCAACUCAACUUUAACGCCACCAACAACGACGCUAGUAACAACACCGCUAUUUACAACCACAACAACACUACCGCCCACAACCACAUCCGUUAUGACGUCAUCUGCUUCUCACUUACUCCCACAAAUGCACACGUGCUUCAAGUACGGCAUCGUCCACGACAUCGCCAGUAGUCUGGUCUCCUCUCAUCCGAACGCAUCCACGUGUGAAGAAACGGGAACCAGAAAAUCAGCGGAAGCUUUUGUACUAAACAGCUGUAAAGUUGGGGAACCAUCUACAUGGAACAUAGGCUUGAACGUGAUGGAAAACUGUCUCCAGAUCCCCCACUACACACCCGUGUUUAGUAUCCAUGGCAACCAUUACAACUCCUCCGAGUCCGUGGCCGCAAUUUUUCUCGAGUGUCUUUACAACCCGGACGGCAUCAAGAUUGCCAUACAGCACUGCGACACGCCCCCGACAAUAGAACACGUGACUGGGAAAAUGGAUAACACAAUAACGGACCCCACGACCUACUACACUAUUCAAUAAACUAAAGAACAUUUCGCAUGUGAAAUACAAUGUGGUGUGUGACAUUUACUUUCGAGAUUAAAAUUUUAUCUUGACAA